AGUCGGGGUAGAGCGGAAGUGAGCGGCGGUCUGAUCCGGCAGUCCCUCCACAGACAGACAAGAUGGACGCGGGGUUUUUCCGUGGAACCAGUGCAGAACAAGACAAUCGAUUCAGCAACAAACAGAAGAAACUUCUAAAACAGUUGAAAUUUGCAGAAUGUCUUGAAAAAAAGGUGGAUAUGCAUAAAGUGAACCUGGAGGUGAUCAAGCCAUGGAUUACCCAGAGAGUGACAGAAAUGCUUGGUUUCGAGGAUGAUGUUGUUAUUGAGUUCAUCUUCAACCAUCUUGAGGAGAAGAACCCAGAUGCAAAGCUGAUGCAGAUUAACUUAACCGGGUUCUUGAAUGGAAAGAAUGCAAGAAUGUUCAUGGGAGAGUUGUGGCCAUUGCUGUUGAGUGCCCAGGAAAACAUUGCAGGAAUCCCAUCUGCUUUUCUGGAACAGAAGAAAGAAGAAAUCAAACAGCGACAGAUUGAACAGGAAAAGCUGGCUACCAUGAAGAAGCAAGAUGAAGAGAAGGAAAAAAAGGAUAAAGAAGACAAAGAAAACAAAGAAAAGAGGGACCGCUCCAGAAGUCCAAAGAGGCGGAAAUCAAGAUCCCCAUCUCCCAGGAGGCGAUCUCCAGCAAGAAGGGAGAGAAAGCGUUCUCCAUCUAGGUCUCCUCGUCGUAGGACCAGAAGCGCGAGUAGAAGUGCUUCACCAGUGUCUACGGUCAAGAAGCCAGAACAAAUGUCACCCGAGCCAGAUCUCUCACUAAAAGAAAGAAAAGAAUCCCCUGCACCAGAAGCAACAUCAACAAGUGAUAUUCUGAAGGAAAUCAAACCCUCAACACCAGAAGUUAAAGAAACUUUAUUAGAUCAACCUAUUAAAAAAGAGAAGGAAAGAAAGGAAAGAAAUCGUCAUCGCUCACGUUCACGGUCAAAAUCAAAGUCUAGGUCCCGUUCACGUUCUCAUUCACGGCCAAGGAGGCGUCCUAGGUCCCGGUCAAGGUCCUAUUCACCUCGAAGACGGCCCAGUCCCCGACGGAGGUCUCCACCACGACGGAGGAGUCCACCAAGGCGUUUGCCACCACCUCCGCCUCCUUCCAGGCACAGAAGGAGUAGAUCACCUAUAAGAAGGCGUCGAUCUCCCUCAGUUUCAUCCUCGGGCAGUAGUUCCUCUUCCUCUUCCUCUCCAAAGAAGACCAAACGCAUAUCAAUCAGUCCUCCCCGCAAACCUCGCCGAUCUUCUCCAUCUCCUGCUACUCCUCCCAGAAGACGACAUCGAUCACCCGUGACUACGACAAGUCCCGCUCAUAAAGGGCCGCGUUUGUCUUCUCCACAUGUGAAUCGUUCAAGGAAAGGUUACACUUCUAUUUCUCCUGCUAGACCAGCACCAAAACGGAAAGGUAGUGUGAAGCAUGAAUCCGUUUCACCUCCUAAACCAAGAAGAUCAGAUCCAUCAGAUUCAGAAGAUGAUAAAGGAGGCAAGGCUGCAGGAGUAGAAUCCGUGCAACAGCGUCGCCAGUAUCGCAAACAGAACCAACAAACCACUUCUGAGUCCGGAUCAUCUUCCUCAUCUGAAGAUGAAGCACCAAAACGUUCAACUGCAAAGAAUGGCGAAGUUCGAAGAAGGCGCCAUCGUUCCUUGUCACGGAGUAUGUCUCCUUCUCCUGCUAUGCGAAAAAGGCACUUUUCGCCACGGAUGCCGCUUGGAAAGGGGUGGCACUUCCCAGUGGCGAAAAGGAGGAGGAGAAGCCCAUCACCACCGCAGAGACGCCGGCGUACUCCGAGUCCCCCGAGAAGGCGUAGAUCACCGUCUCCACUAAGACGCAGAUCGCCAUCUCCACCACAACGUCGACGUUCAGCCUCACCCAGACGCUAUUCCCCCCCAAUUCAGAGGAGGUAUACUCCAUCACCACCACCCAGGAGGCGGGCAUCUCCGUCACCAGCACCAAAGCGCCGUAGUUCUCCCUCUCCCUCGUCCCGGCGUAGGAGAGGAUCACCACCCAGUAGAUCCAACAGAGAUGUCCGCUCACCGCCACCACACAAACGCCACUCACCAUCUCCAAGACCCAGGCCAAUACGUGGAUCUGUCAGUCCACCACCAGCACGAAGAGUAUCAAUGUCACCACCACCACCACAACGUCGUCAUAUGUCCCCAUCCCCGAGUAAUAGGCCAAUCCGGCGUGUUUCACGAACACCAGAACCGAAGAAACCUAAAAAGGUCUCGCCAAAUCUACAAGUUGUGCGAAGGGCUACAUCAUCCAGAUCUGCAUCUCGAUCUCCUGAGCCUGCUCCCAAAAAAAGGCCAGUGACUUCAGUCUCCAGAUCACAAUCUGCUAGUAGGUCACCAACACCUGUCCUUCCACCACCACCAGUUAAAAAGCCAAAGAGUGCUUCAGUUAGCCCAUCUCCUCUCAAGGUCUCAGACCAAGAAGCUGGAGGGAAGAAGAAGAAGAAGAAGAAGGACAAGAAACACAAGAAGGACAAAAAACACAAGAAACACAAGAAGCAUAAGAAAGAAAAGGCUGCUGUGGCACCAGUUGCAGCUGUAGAAGAAAAGGUUGAACCUGCAGAAGCUCCAGCAAAGUCACCUCAGCCGGAAGCUUCAGAACCCACAAAGAUUAUGGGUGGUAACAAUAACAGGUUAAGAUUUGAGAAAUUGCAAAAUCUGAUUUGCAAAUAAGACAAGCAAGAGGAGCUUAGGCACAUGGAAUCAGAAAGUGAAGACGAAAACCUAGAUGAUCUAGAAAAGCAUCUGCGAGAGAAGGCUCUGCGUUCAAUGAGAAAAGCUCAAGCCUCGCCACCAUCAUGAGGGAGAGAACUGAAAUAAACUAACUUAAGCAGACUGAAUGGAUUAGGCACAAGGGCUUUGUACAUUUAAAAAAUGGCUGUUGUAAUGACACCAGUACAUUAAGAUGGCUCCAUACCACUCAUGAACACUGACAUUGCCACUUAACUACGCUAGAAUUAUUUUUCAUAAAGGCAAACCAUAUUAAUUAUUUUGUGUUUUAUCACAGAACAAAAUUCUUUGGCUUCGAUUUGUCACAGCUACAUCUUUCUUUAAAUGCAAUAUUAUUUGGGAAACCUUUGGUCUCAAUUUGUUGCUGUAAAGUUGCUCCUCUUCUCGGGUGAGAUUCAUUCUUUAGCAUCUGGACAUAAGACACAGCACUUUGAAGAAGAGAGGUGUUUUAUUUCCGCCAUUGAGAAUCAUGGUCUGUCAGCUGGCCAUGAGAUAGACUGCUCUUGAGAACAGGCAUUUUAGGCAUGUCUUUGGCCCAAAAUAUUCCGACUCCUUUCUAAAUGGUCUGCUGAAGAAUGAUAAGUCCAUUAUGUGCAUCUGAUUUCAUAAAAUAACAUUUAAGUAGAAUAAAUUAAGUGAAUUUAGGGUGAAUCGGUUUUAUGGUUGCAGCCACAAACCAUGCUAGAUUUGCAUGAAUUGACUAAAUUUAUGUCUUUAUGACUGAACCGUGAAAAUUAAUUUUUUAAAAUCCGUUUGCAGUAUUUGUCUUGGCUAUCAUUAUGUAAUGGUAUUUUGUGACAUUGUUUAUGUAAGUGUACAAAUCCUUUGUGUUUAAUCCACUAAUACGAUCUGUUGUGUAGUUUCUGCAGAGUUUGAGUUUUAUUUGAGCCGUUUGAUUGUCCACAACAUUCUUUACAAAGAGCUUCACGUGAAAAUGUGCUGUAUCUAGAACACUGGAAGUCUCUUUUUUAAAAAUCAAAAUUGUUAUAGGAAGAGGAUGGUACUACCAGGAUCUGAAGGAUAAAGAAUUCCUGGUUGACAGUAGCUUUGGAUUGUAUUUUGCUUUGUGUAACAGGUUGGUUUCAUCCAAGCUGUUCGUGUCUUCUACUGUUACGGUUGUUCUCAGAGUAAAAACUUGUUUAGAUGCUGUUCUUUUGUGGGAGCUUAACAAAUCUGUAAUGACUAUUUUGAAUUUGUCAUCUUUUGACUUAAAGGGUUUUGUUUUUUUUUUAUAAACGUUGAAUUAUAAAGCUGUAAAAAGCUGAAGUAAUAAAUGGAAAUUCAAUUUCUAAAUUCAAUUUUCUUCCCUCUGA